CGCCCGAGUGAAACUCUGGACCCGGCGUGCUCUAUGAGCCGGCUUCUUCCCUAACUGCACUUCAGGCUCCUCAUAACCGCUGGGCGCCAGACCAGAGGCAGCGCUCGACAGACUUGCGACAAUGUCGAUGCUAGCGGAGCGUCGGCGGAAGCAGAAAUGGGCUGUGGAUCCCAGAAAUACUGCGUGGAGUAAUGAUGAUUCCAAGUUUGGCCAGAAGAUGCUUGAGAAGAUGGGGUGGUCUAAAGGAAAGGGUUUGGGGGCUCAGGAGCAAGGAGCCACAGAACAUAUUAAAGUUAAAGUUAAAAAUAACCACCUGGGACUUGGAGCUACAAACAAUAAUGAAGACAACUGGAUUGCUCACCAGGAUGACUUCAACCAGCUUUUGGCAGCACUCAACACCUGCCAUGGUCAGGAAACAGCAGAUUCCUCAGACAACAAGGAAAAGAAAUCUUUUAGCCUUGAAGAAAAAUCCAAAAUCUCCAAAAACCGGGUUCAUUAUAUGAAAUUCACCAAAGGGAAGGACCUGUCCUCUCGGAGCGAAACCGACCUGGAUUGUAUUUUUGGAAAAAGGAGGAACAAGAAGCUUGCUCAGGAUGGCUGCAGCAACUCCACUGCGGAUGAGGCGGACACCUCCCUGACCACGACCACGACCACAACCAGUGCCUUCACCAUCCAGGAAUAUUUUGCCAAGAGGAUGGCCCAGUUAAAGAGCAAGCCACAGGCCGCAGCUCCAGGGUCUGACCUUUCAGAGACCCCCAUUGAAUGGAAAAAGGGAAAGAAAAAAACCAAAGAGGCAGCAGGCACAGAUGUAGAGAACUCUCCCCAACACAAGACUAAGCGGCAUAAAAUGAAGAAGCGAGUGGAAGCAGAGGGGCCUGCGGCCAAGAAGAGAGACCAAGCCGAGCUGCAGCCUGGAGGCCCCAGUGGGGACGAGUGUUCUGAUGCCUCUGUGGAGGCUGCAGAGGAUCGUGUGCAGACACCAGACACCCAGGAUGAUGUCCCAAAGCCCAGGAAGAGAAGAGCAAAGAAGACGCUGCAGAGGCCAGGAGGAGUGGCAGUAGACACUGCACCGGACAGUGCACCGGUGAAGAGGAAGAAGAAGAAAGUUUCCAGAUAGCGAGUGGCUAGCAGGGUCUCCAACCACUCAGCACACCGCAGGGCAGAACGCCCUGGCCUGGUCCGAGCGCAGCGAGCCCCAGCAGCUCAGCAUCUUUCAACUGCCCACAGGUUGCUGGCUCUAUGCACCACAUCUCCCCCAAGUCACCUUCCUAGGAGAACUGAUUUGAAUGUUCCAGAUCGUGACUUUCAAUAAAUAAAAUAACUUUUAAUAAACAAAUAGAUUCUUUUUUAAAUUC